AUGGAAGUCAUCAAGACAGCCCGCCUUGUGAGUUGGCACUGGCAUCAGUGGGCCACAGAGGCGACCCACCAGCUGAUGCCAUGGGGGGGCGCGCCCGUGCGGGCCAUGGUUGACCUUCUGGCGCCAAAAUUUGACAGAGUCACACACCUCAGAGUGCAGUAUCCUAUGGGCGCGCAAGACCACGGCCUGGAUGCGCUGGGCAAGUUCUCAUCACUGACCCAACUCGAUUUGGAGGACUACAGCAAAGCAGCACUGACGGAUGAGGCCUUAAGCCUCCUGUCCAGCUGCUCAUCGAUUGUCAGGCUCCACAUCAGUGCCCACCCAGUGUCCAGCACCUGUCGUCUUUCAGAUCAAGGCGUGGCAAGGUUGGCUGAACUUACAGGCCUCAAGGAACUGUGCUUCAGCUACUGCCAGGGGAUCACGGACACGGCGGUCACCUACGUCAGGUCGCUGACCCGCUUGACCAGACUGGGGUUUGUGGGGUGCCAGAUCACGGACGAGGGUGCUGAGGGGCUGGCGCAGAUGUCACACCUCCAGGAUCUCGAUCUCAAUGAGUGCGAUGAGAUCACAGAUGAUGGGGUUGUGGCGCUCACGGGGCUGACUGGGCUGACCAGAUUGGGGCUGUUGAGCAAGGACCCGUUCACAUCGAGAAAGAUGAGUGACAGCGCAGUGAGCUUCAAGUCCUUGCCGCGCCUCAAGGAGCUAUCCCUCUGCGGGCACUUUGCGUGUGAGGACGUCAGCGCUCUCACCGACAUAGCCACCCUGGCCAGCUUGCAUCUGUGGACGUGCUGGUGCUGCACCACCUAUGGCCUGGAGUGCCUGGGCGAACUGACAGGCCUCAAGGAACUGGUGCUAAUUUCUGAUGCAAUUGAUGUCAUCACUGACGAAGUUAUUUGGUCUCUGGGGCCCCUGACGCAGCUGACCAAGCUGGUUGUGGGUGGCUGCAUGAGCGACUUCUCUGAUGAGGCCCUCCAUGGCUUGGCUGUUCUGCCUUCCCUGCGCGAGCUGGGGCUUGUGGGCGAGGAGCUUUCGGACGAUGGCAUGGAGGUCCUCAAAGACUUGACAAGAUUGACAAAGCUGAUGAUCAAGCUGCCGAUCACAGCGGAAGGGGUCGCGUGCCUCCAAUCCCUGCCCCGGCUUUCCAAACUGGCACUCUAUGCUGGGCCGCACAUCACCCUGGAGGGCUUCGAGGCUCUCGGCCGCCUAUCGGCGCUAGAGGAGCUGCGCCUGCACGACACCGGCAUGGGCGACGACCACCUGUGCCACCUGUUGGGCCUCAAGGGUCUGACUCGAUUGUGCCUGGCUGGCUGCGGGGACGAUCUUACAGAUGCUGGGCUUGCCGGCGUAGUCGCCAUGACCCUGUUGAAGGUGUUGAACCUGGUGGGGUGCCAUGGGUUGAGGGGGGCAGGCGUGCAGGCGCUAGCGGGGUUGACCGGAUCGAUGGAGAUGAAUGGUGGCGACGAGUCAAUGGGGUCCAUAAGGGGGCUGACCUCGCUGACGGAGGUGAAUGUUGCACACUGCGACAACGUGACAGAGGCGGCGACGGAGGGGCUGAGAGCGCUGCCAAAUUUGCAUUCGGUACGUGGGCACUGGCCCAACUACUCCACCAUUGUGUACCCAUGA